AUGAUUAGAGCCAGACCAGACGACAAGAGCAAGAGGGAUUCUCACGCCGAAUGGACCAUGCACACCGUGACACAAAAUGGUUUCAAAGAGCUGGCUGUCUCAUUCUUGUUUGAUGUCAGCGACUUUUUGAAGAAUUUAGGUAAUAUAUGGGGUUCUGCGGAUUUGCAAUCUCUGGCCCUGACGUCAGUACUUCUGUUGGCAGGCGAACAACGACAAGACGAAGUCCAACGUCUUCUUAUCGACACAGCAAAGAUGGCAUUGUUAAUGCCGGAUCUGAAGACCUUUGUCCUAUGGACCGGAGACAUGGAUAUAGCAUGUGCGUUUAUCUAUACAAGAGGAGAAAGAUAUGCCGAGAUCAACUGGCGCGGGACGUGGGAGCUCAACAUUGGCUCGGAUGCCAUGAAUGCAUGGAACAAUGUUGCAAAGUUCCACGGGGUGCAGCUACGCACCACUGCGCACAAGCGAAUCACAGAGGUCAUCAUGUCUCAUGGUGAUUCUAUAUAUCACCUUGAUUUGCCUUGCGAGGUGAUCCAGCCAACAUCGCUGUGGCAGAUUCGGAUGGAGAAUCAGCGCCGCAACCCGCCAAUUCGAUCCUAG